UUUAUUCUCUUGUGCUCCCUUGGAUGCAUCUGAGCGCACAAAACCAAGGCAACGAAUACAGAGGAAAGCAAAGUACGUCUGUUCAGCAGCACUUACACAAGGACAAGACUACGAGCAGUUCGUAUCUAAAUCCCCCUGAUAAAUCAUUUAUCAGCACCCUGGAUAGCGCCGCUGGAUCCUUCUCUGCUCUCAAUUGCCCAGUCGUUCCAGGCGCAGAGCGCAGCGCACACUCCAAGCCCAGCAUGUCCCUGUCUGUGUCCCCAAGUGACACUGUCCGCUUGGUGUUCUUUGGAGCUGCCGGGGUCGGUAAGACUGCCCUGAUCCAGCGAUUCCUCAAUGACCGUUUCGAUGAUCGCUACCGGCGCACAGUGGAGGAGAUGUACUGCCUGAAUCCCGAGCCUGGGGCGCUCCAGUUGCGCAUCCAGAUCCUGGACACCAGCGGCAGCUACUCCUUCCCGGCUAUGCGCAAACUCAGCAUCCAGCAAGGGGACGCCUUUGCCCUGGUCUUCUCUCUGUCAGAGCCGGACUCCUUCCAGGAGGUGGAGAGGCUGAGGAGUGAGAUCAUCCAGGUGAAAGGAGACGCAGAGGUGCCCAUAGUGGUGGUUGGCAAUCAGAUGGACUUGUUCCCUGGGCUGGAGGCUGGCCAGCAGGUGGAUCUCCGGGCAGCUGCCACCGCAGAGUUGGAAUGGGACUGUGGCUAUGUGGAGACCUCGGCUAAGGUGGACUACCGAGUGUGGGACGUGUUCCACCAGCUGAUCCGCAGGGUCAACUCACCUGCCUGGCUGAGCCCAGCCCUAGAGAGGCGCAGAGCCAGUGCGCAGCCAGAGGCAAACAGGAGCCAGCAGCGCAGGAAACCUCAGAGCUGUACUUUAUCCUAAAGCAGUCUCAUAGGAAUGGAUCUCCAUCUCUGCAGGCCCUGUACCAGCAGCUGAAACUAUGGCCUCUCCAGCCCCAUUAGUGUUAGGGCCACUUGGUACCCAAAAAGCCUUGGGUGUCCAUUGGAAUGAUUACAUGGGUGGGACAUUUCCGAACAAACCACUGGCGAACAAUGUUCCCUCUAAGGUGUGCGCUUGUGCGCUCAAACAGGCACAGUGGGUGAGGAAAACUGUAUCCUUGUGCAAAUCCAGGGGUGCUAGCUAUUGAUAUUCUUAUAGACCAUCAUACAACUAUACUAGCAUAGGUAUUCUCCUGUACUAAGCACAAUUAAGCAGGAACAGUCCCCUUGCUCAAGUUUGCUCAUAGCCUGUACAGAGAGAUGCCAUAAAACUAUACCAGCAAAGGUUUUUACUAUAAAGCAGGAAUGUUUCAGGUUAGUUCGCCUUUAAAGAGUGUGUCCACUAACUUGUGUCUGUGCUGUGCAUGCAAAAAUGUGUAAUUUUAAAAAAAUGUGAGUAUGGGUGAUGCUGCGCACACAUUUGUACACUGCUCCUUAAAAGUUCCAUAAUAAUUCUUUUGCACACAGACUAAAGUAAAUUAGAAGGAACAUUGCUGGUGAAUGAGAGAAGGCAUCCCUGCCAACCUGAUGGCACUUACUACAAGUGCACAGUGAGAGAGUGCCAAGUCUCCCAGCCACAGAGACUGGACCAGCCGCACUGGUGGAUAAGAGAAGCCGUCCCUGCCAACCUGAUUGCACUGCAUACGAGUGCCAAAGUGAAUGCCAAGUCUCCCAGUCAGUCACAAAGGCAGGGCUGUGCUUGCACAAAGCCACUCUAGGGAUAAGAAAUCGGAAACAGUUACUCUAGGAAGAAACAGUAGUCUGUGUUGCAAAAUAUUUGCUCAGUGUGUAAAGAACUGGUUAUAUAAUCUGGGUGGGACACUACACGUUUUUUAUACCCCGUAACACCUGAUAAAGAAAAUAGACCUACUGUAUUUGCCUAAGGUUGCGAAUGAAUGCUAUUUAUCAGCCGACUGCUUGGUACUGUAGAACAAGAGCUGAUACCUGGCCUUCCUGCCCCCACAGGAAUAAAUGCUCAUUCUAAAAAACUGUGGGUCAUGUGGUUGCAGCCCUAGUGUUACCUGUGUUAGUGAAUGAGCUUCUUGUGCCAAAAACAUCAUUACCCCUUGCUAUAAUUGGAUGGGGGGGCAGUGUCUUUUAUAAUUUAUUUUACAUUGUGGAAGAAUAAUGACUGUCACAGGCAGAGAUGGAAAACCCGUGGUUGUCAAGAUGUUGCCCAAAACCCCCCAUGGGUCACCCAAGACUGUUCCAAGGACAAUGCUACAAGGCUGUUAUAUCAGGGACCCUGUGCUUAUAUGCUUCUGAUACAUUCACCCGGUUUGCACUUUAAUACUAGUGUUGCUUUGUGAAGGGGAAGUUAGAACUGUUAUUACUGCACACUUCUGUAACGUUUUACUUCUGUCUGUAAAUAAAAACAAUGCUUUGUAUUGAA